AAAUCAACCACCAUUCACCCCUUUUGAGUACUUGGUUUUUUUUUUUCUGAAAAACAACGACUAGUCGCAAUGGAGAAAAGGAGCUGCAGGGUUUGUGUUACAGGAGGUGCCGGCUAUAUCGGAUCUUCCCUUGUGAAGAAGCUUUUGCUGAAGGGCUACACAGUCCAUGCAACACUCAGGAACUUGCAUGAUCAUGCCAAGGUGGGACUCCUCCAGAGCUUGCCUAAUGCUGACACGAGACUGAGGUUGUUUAAAGCCGACAUUUACAAUCCAGAUGAGUUCGAGCAGGCCAUUCAAGGGUGUGAGUUUGUUUUCCAUGUUGCCACCCCCUUGCAACACAUUGAGGGCUCUCAGUACAAGGACACAGCAGAAGCUGCAGUGGCUGGGGCAAAGAGCAUUGCAGUGUCUUGCAUCAAAUCAGCAACUGUGAGGCGACUAAUCUACACUGCUUCCGUGGUGGCUGCAGCCCCAUUGAAAGAUGACGGGACUGGUUUCAAGGACUCCAUGGAUGAAUCUUGUUGGACCCCUCUUAAUCUUCCAUUCUCUCAUAGUAAUUCUCAUCUAAAGGACUAUGCUCAUUCAAAGACAGUGGCUGAAAAAGAAAUCUUGAGCCAUGGGGAGAAUAAGACCGGCGGAUUGGAGGUGGUUUCACUGGCUUGUGGGCUUGUGGGAGGGGAGACUCUUCUACCUUACACACCAGAAAGCGUAGGUUUGUUUAUAUCUCAGCUUACCGACCAUGAAAACCGGUAUCAAACCCUAAAGUUCCUAGAGGAGUUGCUCGGAAAAGUCCCAAUCAUACACAUAGACGAUGUCUGUGAAGCCCAUAUCUUCUGUAUCGAGAAACCUUCCAUCAAUGGCAGAUUCUUAUGUGCAAGCUCGUGUAUUUCUUCUGCAGAAAUUACUAACUACUAUCACGAAAAUUAUCCACAACUUCAUAUAAAAGCAGAGUAUUUGAAAAUUGGGCCAAAAAAAGAGAUUAAGUGGGGAUCAACAAAGCUAAUUGAGGAGGGGUUUGAGUAUAAAUGUGAUACCAAUAUGAUAUUGGAAGAUUGUAUCAGCUGUGGAAGGCAGAUGGGUGAUCUGCAGUAGUCUUUUUUCCAUGUUGUUUGUUUAUUUUUAGUUAGGGUGGAACUACAAGCACAAAAAAGGUUGUACACAGAGACCAGUACCAUGAGGAAGUGUCAUGCAUAUUUUGUAAUAUGUAGUACUAUGAAAAAUAUCAUGAAGAGGACAAAUAACAUUAGGUUAUGUUAGGUUAGGUUCUGUUAGGUCGUGGGAAGCGCCAACAAAAGAAAAAAAUAUUAAGAAAAAUGAUUUUCUUGUAUUUGAUUAUAUCGUG